AUGCUAUUUAAUCCGCUAAAUGCGCCGGGGGUGCUGGCCGCCCUUCUCCUGAUUGCCCCCGUUUCCGCCCACGGCGGCCAUGAAAAUGUCCCCGAAGGUGCCGCCAUUUCCGGGGAUCCUAUCGACUCGACACUAUGGGUACACAUGAUUUUGAUGGGCUUGGCUUUUGGCAUCAUCUUCCCGUUGGGUAUGGUUUUGGGGAUCAUUCGCUCCCGAUGGCAUGUCCCUCUUCAAAUCGUCGGUACCGUCAUCGCAGUCGUGGCCUACUUCCUCGGCCACGGCCAUAAGGGUCGCCAGUUCUCCAAAAACGUUCACGCCUCGUUCGCAAAUUCCCUGAUGCUCAUGCUGGUGGUGCAAAUCGUGCUGGGCGUGUAUCUCAAGCUACACCUGUCCCGGGGGAUCCACGGGCGGAUUCGCCGCGUUAUCGUUAUUGCGCAUGGGGUUCUGGGCAAGGCGAUGCCGAUCGCCAGCUGGGUUCAGAUGCUGUUCGGAGGUAUCACGGCGAUGGGUUACUGUCGAGAGGAUCAUCUGGGACAGUGUCUGGCCCAUUUCAUCAUGGGUAGCGCCUUCAUCGCGUACGGAAUCUUGUUGACCAUUCUCCUUCUGGUGGGCCAAUUUUGGCUGCGCCGCACCGGCCGGAGUCAGGAGUUCUUCGACUCCCUGGUGAUCGCCGCCUGGGGAUGUGUCAACACCUUCACCGAACAUCGAUGGGGCCAACCCUGGGCGCAUAACGACCUGCAACACACUACCAUGGGUAUUGUCUGGUGGUGCGCCGGACUCUUGGGAAUGUGGUUGAGUCGCAAGCGCAACGGCCAGCCCAAGCGGAACUUGAUCCCGGCCAUUGUCAUUCUGCUCACCGGCUUUGCGAUGUCUGCCCAUCCCCAGCAUCUUAUGAUCAGUACUAUGAUCCACAGCAUCUUCGGCUACACGCUGAUGGCCGCUGGGUUCACUCGAAUCAUCGAGAUUUCGUUCGUCCUGAGAGACGAAUCUACCCUCAGCACGGAUGGCACGGAUCCCAACAGCUUCCAAUAUUUGCCUCCUUUCCUGCUGUACGCCUCGGGCUUUCUGUUCAUGGGAGCUACUGAGGAGCAAAUGCAGCUUUUGAAUGAUGCCGGAAUCACCCAUGUGUCCUAUGUCUUAAUCCUGUACAGCAUCGCUUUCAUUCUCUUCCUCUUUGUCAACGUACUUCUUCACAUCUACGCUGUUCACGCAUGGCCUGAAUCCGCGAAGGUACCUCGUUCUACCGAGGAUGACGAGAACGAAGGCGAAAGCUCGUCUCGAUCGAAGGCUCACCGGUCUCAACCCAACGGUCACGCCCGCUCGCACUCGGAAACCCAACGUAUCCAGGACGCCGAAGCGUUCGAGCUACAAGGUCUAAUCUCUGAUGAGGAAGACGAAGACAAGACCCACGGUGAAGGACAACACUCCAUGGGUCCCAGAAGAGUUGAAGACGAAGAAAACUCCCCCUUGGUUGGGAAGGAGACGUCGCGUUGA